GCAACAUCAAGCCGCACGGCCACGCUUCAAGCCGACAAUAUCCAAAUCCAGAGAAAAAGGAAGAUGGCGACUUGUUUGUUGUCCCCGUACGGCACAGUUUCCGCACCUCUGUAGGUCUUUCAUCACAGACACAGGCAGCGCAGCUUUUCGGAGCGUAACUAAAGCAUGCACGGCGUCCAGUCCAGCGAUCGCGACAACACCUCGUGAGCGUCGACGGCCAUGCAUUACGCAGUGACGAAAGGUGCGAAGCCGCCACCGCCACCAGCGUAGUGAAAGCAGCCGCGGCGGCAGCAGUUAUCCACUGGGAGAUGGUGUGAUGAUCCGCUAGCGAAGAGGAGCAGCCUCGCUGGGUUUAUCGCCGCCGCGCGCAGCGCUCAUCCUCUCUCGGUUCGGCUUGGCAGUGCGCGCGACCCGUCGUUCACCAUGUUCUCGUACGCGUACCGAAUACGGUGCCUGCAGAAACUGCAUUCGGAAGCGUUCAUGGGUCUCAACGCGGUGUGCCUGCCGGACUGCUUGCCCGCCGGCGCCGUCUACCGAUCGAGCCUGCCCGCGACGCCCGUGUCGACGCCGAUCCGCGAGAGCUGGAUCUUUUCCGAGCAGCAGCUGCGCGAGCGGCUGUGCAAGACCCCUUCCCCUAGAAAGUGUCGCUUCUUCGACCCUAGGCGGUCCGAGUCCGGGCUCAACAGCUUCGACAACGAGUGGCUCGACUCGGCUCGGCGGAAGAUGGAGACCGCGAUGGACGACGACAAGUCCGACGAAACGAGUCCCGAGGACGCGGACAGCGUCAAGGAGAACGAAGCCUUCUACCAGAAGAAACUUUUCGUUGGCAACAUCAGUUAUCGGGUUACAAAGCGUCAACUGCGUGAUUUCUUGAGCAAGUUUGGGAAAGUUGUGGACUGCACCAUUGUACAGGACCACAUCAAACGUUGGCCCAAAGGGUAUGGGUUUGUGACAUUUUCCAAGGUCGAAGAGGCCGAAAAAGCAAGAAAUGCUCCCCCCGACCAGUUGGAGCUUGAUGGCAGGCAAUUGCGGCUGCUUCCAGCCAACAAGACAAGGGUAACCAAAAUUCGAAAGGAGGCCCAGGUGGCAGCUGAGCGAAGGGCCCUUGCUAUAACCAUGGAACCAAUCCAAAAGAGGGAACUGGACGGUGAUGAAGAGUCAGACAUGGAGGCCGACGUGACCCCAGCAACCCCUCCCCCCUCCCCUCGCCGGUCGGUAGACCACAUGGACGACCUGCCAGAUGACGCCCUGCUCAUGGUGCUCGCCUGGCUUGACAUCAAGUCACGCAUCCGCGUUGAGAGAGUUUGCCAGCGCUGGCGGCGGCUGGCACUCCGUCUCUGGAGGUCCCAGGACAAGCUGUCUUUCUCGGGUGUCUUCUCGAUCGGCGACGGAAGGCCGCUGACUGUGAGCAUUCUCCGAGCCCUCUUGGUUCGCUGCGGUGAGUCCUUGCGCAGCCUGGACUUGCCGUCUGCUUCGCACGCCCUCGACUAUAAGGCAGCUGAGGCUAUCAGCAUGCUGUGCCCUAACCUGGAGUACCUGGAUGCGUCUGGUGUGCAGCUGACCAAUGUGUCUGUCCAGCAGCUCGCCCAAAAGUGCCCAAAGCUCAAGACUGUUUUGCUGAAAAGGUGUAGCGACGUCGGGGAGAAAGGGCUUUGGUGGCUUCUUCAUCUGUGCAAAUAUUUAGAACAUUUGGACUUGACUGAAUUGCACAAGCUAUCUGGUCAGUGUUUCCACAUGGCAGGAGUUCGGUUGCGUCGUCUCGUGCUUCGUGGCUGUUCAGGCUUGACAGCUACGGGGCUCUCCAAGAUAGCCACCAAGUGCUGCUUCCUGUCGGAGUUGACGCUGAGCGACUGCCUCCAGAUAUCGGACCACGACCUGCUUCUACUGUGCCAGAACCUGAGGGCACUAAGGGUGCUCCACCUGUCGGGAUCAUUCCUCAAUUUGACUGGUGACAGUAUUGGCGCCAUUGGCCACUUGCCCCUCUUGGAGGAACUAAAUUUGAGUCACAACAAGGUUGUCAACGACGUGGUCAUCGGAGCCAUAUGCGCAGGCUGUACCAAGCUGAGGUUUCUGGACAUCACCGGUUGCCACCAGGGCAUCACUGACGUUGCGCUAAGCCACCUGUCACGGUGCCCUGGAUUGCGCCAGCUAAAGCUGAACUACUUGGGACAAAUCACGGAUUCCGGCCUGGGUAGCCUGUCGUGCCAGGGUUUGCUGCACAGUAUUGAACUUCGUGGAUGCCCGCAAGUGUCCGAUGGAGGUGUGCUGAUUCUCGUUGAACUGUGUCGUGAUCUGAGGCUGCUUGACGUCAGUGGCUGUGAGCUUGUGACCAACGCAGCUGUGACUGGUGCCAUGGAUAUCGUAGGCGAGCGGUCAAAUGUGCUGACCAUUGUCAUAGGUGGCACAAUUGUGGAACCCAACCAUCUUUACCUGGAUCCAAAGAGCAAGCUAAAGAUUGAUCGGCAUAACUUUUGCGUAGAACUCUACAGGCCAGACAGGCUGGAACGCAUGGCUUAUAAUGAUGACCAUGACUGGGAUGCAGAUCUGGAUGGCUACGAAGGUGACGGCGAAGCUGAAGCGAGAGCCCAUGACUACCUGGAGAAUGAUGAUCCCCUGUAUGAGGAAGAUUACAUCUUGUCGUGAUACAGCGUUCUGCAGAGUGGAUGACAUGCCUGGGCCGACGUAGAGGAGGCGUAGUCUCGCAGCUGUCCAGAUGUGCUGUGCUCUCUAUCCCUUUUCCACUUUGCUGUCCUCUCCAGUGCCACCCACCUAAAGCAUUUUGUGUGCCUCCUCCCUUCAUCGCAUAGAAUGGCUUCGACACAUUGUAAAUAGCUUGAGAAAGGGCGUUUGUUUGCACAUCUCUACAUUUUCCCAGGCACAUAAUGCUUCUGAGUUUGUCUUCUCUUCAGUUGUAGAAGUUGAAAGCAAUCCCAGUGUCUGCAGUCAAGUGCCGGCCUUUUAUUUCCCCCCUUGAUUGUUUGCCAGGAAAACAAGUUUGUGAUAUAGGUUUAGGCUUUUGAAUAGGAUUAGCACUGUUGGGGGAUUUUUGCUGUUUUUUGAGUGGUGGACAGUGUACGAUGAAGUGUGAGGACCUAGGAGUUUGUUGUAACUUUAUUGUGCCAGUGUGAGCAGAACAGUUGUCGUGUGUUGUGUUAGCAAGAAAAAGGUUCCUUGUUGCUUCUUACAAUUUUCAGAAUAAAUUAUGUGGCGGGAAAGUUUACUUUUAUAAAAGAUGUUGCUAGGAAGGCUGCAUUUUUGCUCUUGUUUAGGAGGAAUGAUUAAGGGAAAAGGGGUCAGAAUGAUUUAUAUUUGAAUUUUUCCUGUCUUCUCUUUUCAACAAAAGGCACAGUUGCUGCUGGUAUUGAGCCAUUGAACAGAGUCUUCACGUUCAAGCUGUUAUGUGCCCACUUUGGAAUGUUGUUGCAAUUGGUUAUGAAGCUGUCCUGCCUCGCCAUCCAUCUGUGCAGGGGGACAGCAUUAGAGCUGUUACAUAAUCAAAUUUACCAAGUUACGUGUGUUCAGGUUAUUAGGACAUGUGAUUUCAAAGUGAGGACAUUAAUCUAUGUCUCUAAUUUUUCAGGAUGCAGCUAAGCUGUGUGCUUGUUUCCUAUGUCACCUGCUUCAAUAUUAGCAAGCCAAAACUACGCUCACUGUCUUCUGAUGCAAUCUCUCCCAUGGCAAAACACAACCAUGAUGUGUUUACUUUCCGCAAUAUAUAUAUAAAUGCGUGGUGCUUUCUAGGAUUGUUAUAUGUAUAUCACUGUUUUCAUUUGCUUCCUAGAGCUUUUCACCUACCAUUUGUCAGAUUGUCCCGUUCCACAAUAGCACCUGAUAUAUUGCCACAUAUUUUCUGGAAGAGCACUGGCUAAAGUGGUGCAUAUUUACUGUGACGUAAAAGUGACUGCUUGAAGUGCACUGUUAAUAGCCCACAUUCAUUGGUGAUUGCAGACAUUUGGAAAUCUUGCGGUUCUUUUUCCUUUCACAAAGAUUGCCGGAAGUAGGAAACCUCGCUUGGAUCUUGUUGCAGAGGGCACGGAUGCAAAUGCCAAAGCCUAGGGAAACAUGCAUAGAUGAAAAGAACCCUCCAAACACAUCACACUUUCUCACACAGCUUCAUUUAAGAGUGCAGCACAACAAAUGGCUUUUUCGAGUGUUUGUGGAACGCUGAUGUCUGCAUUUCCAGACUGUGCUUUUUUUGUUGUGGGUCUGAUGUCUGGCUACCACCUGUGUGGUGGUAGCCGCUGUUGAGAAGAGUUGUUGACUGCUGUACACAAUGCUCUAUUUUUCUCUCUCCUUGUUGUUUGCAGCAGCUGCGAAUAGAAGAAAAGUAUAAUGAGUAAAGGUGGGCGGCUUGCCCAUUCUUUGUUGA